AUGAUUAGGAAAGCCAAAUCAAAUUACUAUCAAAAUAAAGCUAAAACAUUUCGCACGUCUGACCCUGCGAAAUGGUACAAAACAAUUUAUAAUCUGUCCGGAGUAAGUAGUCAGCAUGAAGGCCUAACAGUAAACUCCAUGGGUAGCGAGGCCGCUUUAGCAGACAAAUUUCAAAUAUCCUAUACUGAACCAUGGAAAUACCUAAUUACAACAAGUAUUCCCCAACUAGAUGAAGUUGAGUCACUUCUCAAAAACUAUCCUCCCCCUCUACCUAGUAUUGACCAGAUUAAGAGUGUCCUAAAUCACCUUAACCACUCGAAAGUAACGGGAGCCGAUGGUGUUCAAAUAUGGUUACUUAAACGAUUCUCUAGCAUUCUAGCGCCGAUUGUUCAUGACAUCAUUACGGCUAGCAUUACACAGUGUAAGCAUCCAAGUCAUUACAAACAUGGCCUGGUCACACCUGUGCCUAAAGCAUACCCACCAACUGACGUUAGUAACGAUUUUAGACAAAUCUCUGUUUUGCCACAUAUUGGGAAAAUCCUAGAGAGAGUACAACUACAACUCAAUCAAAAUGACAUCAUACUACGUCCCAGUCAACAUGGUUUUACUAGUGGCCGCUCUACUACAUCGGCUCUGAUAUCCAUCACACAGCCAUGGUUUAAUGCUACUGACAAUACCUGCCAUGACAAAGCAGGCAUCCAUGCCCUCUUUAUCGACUUUAAAAAAGCCUUUGAUCUAGUUGAUCAUGGGAUCCUGUUGAAUAAACUUAGAUUGAUGAAUGUUAUAAUAAAUGCUUCUGGUUGUGGGUCAAAAGCUUCUUAUCUGGUAGAAUUCAGCAGGUCAAGAUAAAUCAAACACUUUCAUCGAUCGAGGGUUGCUCAGCUGGAGUACCGCAAGGAUCUGCUCUUUCGCCGACUCUAUUUAAUAUCCACAUUGACGACUUAGAUACGAGUGUUCCUGAAGAUCUUGAGGUGAGCACAUAUAAAUAUGCCGAUGACUGCACACAAAGCGAAUGCAUCAUGAAGGGAGAGAGUAGCAACAUGCAAAAAGUCUUAGACUCCGUUCAGAACUGGUCAAACGCUAAUAGAAUGAAGUUGAACGCAAAGAAAACGAGAGAUAUAUAGAUUUGCUUUGGGAAAUCUAUCCCACAGCCUCCCAAUCUUUAUAUCGGGGAUGUUAUGAUCGAAAGAGUUAAUUCAUUCAAGUUACUUGGUGUUAGCUGUCAAAUUAACAUGAAAUGGAAUUCUCACAUCAAAGAAAUUACUCGUAAGGUAAACAGGAGACUGUGUCAUCUAAGGCAGUGCAGGAAGGCUCACCUUCCUACUGAAGUAGGGUUGGCAAUUUACUGCACCAAAAUUCGUCCACUACUUGAAUAUGCCGCACCAGUUUGGGGUGGCCUACCUCACUAUUUAGUGAACGACCUUGAGCGUAUUCAAAGGAGAAGCGUACGUAUUAUUGGUUUACCGGUCAAUACACUUCCACCGCUUAGUGAGAGAAGAGAUAAGCUAACUCUUCGAGAAAUGGAGGCAAUUACUCAGGACGUAAAUCAUCCCUGUCACCACCUUGUCCCUAUCGCACAGAAGCAUGACUAUUCCAUUAGAACUAAAGAAAGAGGUUCUAAUGUAGGUCGCAUUAUUUCCAGAACCGAAAGACAUAAAUCAUCGUUUAUGCCUCGGGCAGUUAAACUUUUUAAUAAUAAACUUUAA